UCUCUUGACAUCCUUGUCCGGUCGUAUAUAUUGUGCUUCUUUUUUAUGCGUUUCUUUUGUUGUUUGUUGUUAGUCCAUAGUGAAAACCAAGGGAGGGGAUGGGCAACCUAUUUUGUUGUGUCCAAGUAGACCAAUCAACCGUAGCGAUAAAGGAAAGAUUUGGCAAGUUUGAUGAAGUUCUAGAGCCAGGAUGCCAUUGUUUACCUUGGUGUAUUGGGAGCCAGCUUGCCGGCCAUCUCACUCUGCGUUUACAGCAGCUUGAUGUGCGUUGUGAGACCAAGACUAAGGACAAUGUAUUUGUCAACGUUGUGGCAUCCAUACAGUAUCGUGCCCUGGCUGAGAAGGCUAAUGAUGCUUUCUACAAACUUAGCAACCCCAGGACUCAAAUUCAAGCCUAUGUUUUUGAUGUUAUUAGGGCAAGUGUUCCAAAGCUGGAUUUGGAUGAUGCUUUUGAGCAAAAGAAUGAUAUUGCUAAAGCUGUUGAAGAUGAGCUUGAAAAGGCUAUGUCUGCUUAUGGAUAUGAGAUUGUCCAGACCCUCAUUGUUGAUAUAGAACCAGAUGAACACGUGAAAAGGGCCAUGAACGAGAUUAAUGCUGCUGCAAGGAUGAGAGUUGCAGCAAACGAGAAAGCAGAGGCGGAGAAGAUUAUACAGAUAAAGAGAGCAGAGGGAGAGGCGGAAUCAAAGUAUCUGUCAGGAGUGGGGAUUGCAAGGCAACGACAGGCGAUUGUGGACGGUCUAAGGGACAGUGUGCUUGGGUUCUCAGUCAAUGUUCCAGGGACAACGGCUAAGGAUGUUUUGGAUAUGGUCCUUAUUACCCAGUAUUUUGAUACCAUGAAAGAAAUUGGAGCUGCCUCUAAAUCUUCAUCCGUCUUUAUCCCUCAUGGACCUGGUGCUGUUCGAGACAUUGCCACCCAGAUUCGAGAUGGCCUGCUUCAGGCAUCUCACCAUCAUGAAUAAAGGGUCAGACCCAAACUCAAUUGUAAUAAAGUCUUAAUACCAGGAUACGGUUUAGUGUGUUUGAGUGAAAUCUAUAUUUAGUCUCUCUGCUUAGAAAUAUGAAAUGUAAUUUGCUAUCUAAAGUUAAUGAAAGUGAACUUUUCCA